AUGGCUAUCCUUUAUUCUGAGGCACUGCAGCUGAUUCAAGCGGAGGCUCAGCGACAACGCGACGCCUUUGCCGCUGAUGGGGAACAUGUUCCUAUCAGUCAGGCACGGAAUCGCAUUGCUCGUGAGACCGUAACGAGUCCCAUAGCGACCCCAAAAUUUGACACAUCCGCUAUGGACGGGUACGCACUGAGCUCCUCUGCAACGCAGGAUGCGACCAUCGACGGCCCAGUGACAUUCGAAGUCAAAGGCAUGAUCGCCGCGGGCGAUGAGCCUUUACGGAUAGCCGCUGAUCAACAAUCGGGGGCACCUGUCUGCGUGGAGAUCAUGACAGGAGCUCCCUUCCCGACUAGCGUGAGCGGCGAUGACUUGGACUGCUGUGUGCGACACGAGGAUGUGGCAGUCAUCGUGGACGAAACGUCCAACCGUCGCUAUAUUCGAGUCUUCAAGCCAGCGAAAACGGGGCAGAAUCGAAGGUUUGCAGGAAGUGACUUUAAGAAAAGUGACGUCCUUGUCGACGCGGGAGAGGUGAUCCAUCCGGCCCACAUCCUGUCGAUGGCAUCGGUUGGAAUGACCAAGAUUGCAGUCACGCGCAAGCCAAGGGUCGCUGUCGUCUCUACUGGCUCGGAGCUGUUGCCUCCUGGGCUUGAUCAAUCGCCCUUACAUCGGAUCAGCGACGCCAAUGGACCCUAUCUAACUGCGACCUUGGAGAGCUGGGGUGCUGCAGUGGACUUUUUGGGAAUUGUCCAUGAUCAUGCCGAGAAGCUGGAACAGUCCCUGAGUUCGAUUCUAAAAAAGGACUACGACGUGAUCAUCACCUCUGGAGCUGUUUCGGCCGGACGAUGCGACUUGAUUCCUGCGGUGAUUCGUCGAUUGAAUGCUCGAGUCGUCUUUCGCAAGGUCGCCAUAAGGCCCGGCCAUCCUGUACUUUUCGCCCAGAUUCCCGAUUCUUCAAGCAAUGAUCAACAUCUCCGGAGUGAAACGGCGUUCUUUGGGUUGCCCGGAAACCCCGUAGCAAGCGCUGCCUGUCUGCGCUUCCUGGUCCUUCCAUACUUGAAAUACCUACAGCUGCAGCGACCAGACGAUCCAUCGCAUGCAUCUCUUCUCCCUCUUGACGACGCUGAAACUUCAACCACCAAAGAGCAUCCGGUAGUAUCUACAUUCCGCGGAGACAUGGACGUUUUUCGACCGGCAUUGGUCCGUGGCUCGUCAGGCCAUGUGCAGGUAAAGCUCAUACAGGAUCACAGCCCAGGAAAGAUUAAGCCUUUUUUGCAUUCGAAUUGUUGGAUCCAUAUCCACCGAGGUGUUUCCGAGUUGAGAGCAGGUGACAUUGUCGACAUCUACCCAAGCCAUUGA